GUACAACUCAGGGAACAACCCUGUGGGGAACAACAACACGGGACACAGCGGUGCAAGCGCUGGCCAUGUGGGGAACAUGGGGUUCGUUAAUCCCUUGGAUGGCAGUCAGUCACGGACCGGAAGCAUAAUGGACGACCGAGCUAUGGGGAGGACUUUUAGCGGAGGUCUGACCAACAUGCGGCACACACAGAGCUACGCCAAUAAUAUGGGCAUGGCAAGUGGCAACACCACCAACAACAACAACAACAGCAUGCAGAAUAACAACCAAUAUCAUAAUCUCACACCACCCAUGUCGCAGCAAAAGCACGCGCGUUCGUCGUUUGAUCUUGCAGGAAUGGCUACGACACAGAAUAUAAAUCUCGAACAAACAAGGGCGCAAAGUGCCAGGGGUAUACAGACACAGACUUCUCUGCCGAGCUACAACCCACACAAUCAAGCAGGAAAUGGUCCAGCGAACAACGCCAGGGACGAGUUCUUUGGAUUGGCUGACUCUUCG